UGAUUUUAUAAAACGUGCUUGCAUGCAUGUACUAUUUUGAUUCCACAAUGAUGAUCCCACACGGCCUUUUUGCAAUAAAUAAACCAAGAGGACUAUCUUCGGUUACCAUAUUAAAUAAGAUUAAAAAGCUUCAAACGAAAAACAAAUUAAAAUUAGGCCACGGUGGAACUUUAGACCCUUUAGCAAGUGGAGUACUAGUAAUUGGUGUAAAUGACGGGUGUAAAAGACUGCAAGACAUACGAAGCAAUUGGAAUACUUGGACUCGCUACGGAUACCUAUGAUUCUGAAGGUAAAAUCAUAGCUACUGGGCCAACAAAACAUAUUACUAAAGAAUAUAUUUCGCAAAUAAUUUCUAAAUUUACGGGAGAUAUCAUGCAAGUUCCACCACUGUAUUCUGCUCUAAGAAUGGAAGGUCGACGUCUCUACGAAUAUGCGCGCGAGGGACUGUCUCUUCCAAAAGAUUUACAACCUCGAUCUGUUAGAAUCAAUUCUUUAUCCUUGUUAAAUUUUAUGACAAAUGGUACAGUUCAAGUUCCGAAAAUUGAAAAUUAUACUACAAAUAUGAAUUAUUGUAAAAAUAUUAAACAAGCGAAAAAUUUACAAGAGGCCGUUUCUGCAGCGUCUUACCCGACUUUCAAAAUUCGUGUGGAAUGUGGAAGGGGAACUUAUAUUAGGUCAUUAGUUCAUGACAUAGGGAAAGAGCUUGGAAGCGCUGCAUAUGUUGUCGAAUUGAUAAGAAUUCAGCAGGGAAAUUUUAUAUUAAAGGAGAACACUCUCGAA